AUGGCAAUCGCACAGGAGAAGUCCCUCGGGAAAGGAGACAUCACCUCGGUUCAGUACAACCUGAGCGACAAGGACGAUAUAGGCAGCACGAAUGACAUCGAUCGACUCCAUCGAUCCCUCAAUAAUCGCCAGGUCCAAUGGAUAGCUAUCGGCGGCUCCAUUGGGACCGCCCUUUUCGUCAGCAUCGCUUGGGGACUUACUGCCGGUGGCCCUGGAUCACUCCUCCUCGCCUUCAUUUUCUACAGCUGCGUUGUUGGCUGCAUUAACAGUGGUAUCGCCGAGAUGACUGUCUAUAUGCCAGUCUCUGGGUCCUUUAUUCGCUAUGCUGGAAAGUGGGUUGAUGAUGCCUUUGGCUUUAUGGCUGGGUGGAACUUCUUCCUCUACGAAGCCAUCUUGAUCCCGUUUGAGAUAUCGUCACUGUGUCUUGUUUUGAAGUUCUGGAGAGACGAUAUCCCGAUAUGGGCCGUCUGUCUCGGUUGCAUUGUUAUUUACGGGCUCAUUAACGUCUUUGCUGUCAAACUGUACGGUGAUGCUGAGUUUUGGCUCUCUUCUGGGAAGAUCAUCUUACUCUUGAUCAUGUUCUGCUUCACUUUCGUGACUAUGGUUGGUCUUAACCCAAAGCACGAUGCCUACGGUUUCCGUUAUUGGAAAAACCCCGGUGCCUUUGCAGAAAGCAUGACAACAGGCUCAUUGGGACGACUUCAUGGCUUUCUAGGGUCUCUCAACGCAGCCGCCGUAACUAUUUGUGGCCCGGAAUAUAUUGCCAUGGUCUCUGGAGAGGCGAUCUACCCAAGAGUCACCAUCAAGCAGGCUUUCAAGACAGUCUAUUGGCGUUUCGGAUGCUUCUUCGUAUUGGGGGCGCUCUGCGUCGGAGUUGUCGUUCCAUACAACGACUCCAAGCUUCUCAACAUCCUCAAUACCGAGGGGACGUCAUCCGGCGCAUCUUCGCCGUACAUCAUUGCAAUGGCCAACCUGGGUGUCGACGGGCUUCCUCAUUUAGUGAACGCACUGCUCGCCACGAGUGUCUUCUCCGCAGGAAAUACAUACAUCUACAUGGCUACCCGCUCCCUCUAUAGUCUAUCCAUCCAAGGUCAAGCGCCAAAAUUCCUCCGCGCCACCACCAAGUCCGGCGUGCCGUGGUCCUGCUUCUGCGUCACCAUGAUCUUCCCCUUCCUGAGCUUUUUGCAAGUCAGCAGCAGUUCCGCCCAAGCUAUCCGCUGGCUCACCAACCUGGUCACCGCGUCCCAAGUCCUCAACUACGUUAUCAUCGGCAUAACAUACAUGUGUUUCUACCGAGCUCUCAAAGCCCAAGGGGUCGACCGGCGAACGCUGCCAUACCGAGGAUGGUGCCAACCCUACGUCAACAUCUUCGGCACGUCCUUCGCCUUCGCCGUCUUGUUCCUGCAGAGCUACUCCGUCUUCCUGCCCGGCCACUGGAGCCUCGGAACCUUCUUCACCUACUACACCAUGAUCUUCACCUGCAUCGUCCUCUUCGCGGGCUGGAAGCUGGCCAAGAAGACGAGGUUCAUGCGCCCUGAGGAGGCCGAUCUGGUGUGGGACAAGCCGCUCAUUGACGCGUACGAAGCCGGCAUCGAUCCGCCGAAGGGGCUCUGGGAGGACAUCUGGACGGGAACCCGGACGCUGUUCGGAAUGAAGCAUGCUCAAAAGGGGGAUGCAGUCUAG